AUGGUUGAUGGUGAGUUUUACGUGUGUGCUACUGGAUCCAUUGAGUAUGGAGAAUUUUACGAAAUUGAUAACGCGUAUUGUAAGUACGGUUAUCACUAUGGAUCAGAAUGGAAUAUUGUUGGAGGUAUUGAAGAAGGAUUAACGCAAAUGAGUAAGUGCAGUAAUGAUGCAAGACGUUUAACUUCAUGGAAUUUUCCUCUGGAUGUUACUUUUAAAUCUACGACACCCUAUGGCUGGCCACAAUUGGUAAUAUCAGUUUAUGGUUUCGAUUUUUUUGGACAUGACGUAAUAAGAGGAUAUGGAGUUUGUCAUAUACCUUUUACAUCAGGACGUCACGAAUCUAGAAUUCCAAUAUACGUACCGGAAUCAUCAUCGAUGCUACAUCAUUUUGCUGCAUGGAUUACUGGAAAACGUCCCGAAUUAAUUGAGCCGUCUAUUCUAGCAUCAGGUUCUGGUCGAGAAUUAACUCGGAUGAAAGUUCAAGGGGCAGUAACUGCAUCCUUCAAUGUUGUUUUAAAAGAUUUUCAUAAAUUAGGAUACGACAAUAAUGAUAAGGGUAAAAAAAAAAAUUACGGUUAA